AGUAGAUAUAUAAAAUGGGAGGAUAAAGCAUGAAAAAUAAGAUUAUCCGGCGAAUAGGCCAUUUUAAUGGGAGAUGAAUAUGUGGCGAGGGUGAGGAGAGAAAAGUGAAAGAAGCAGAAAGAAGAUAUGGUUAUGAGUUCAUUUGUUGAGUAAUUAAUCAAUCUCCAUGGAAGGAUUGGCAGUUCAGCUCCCACGGCUCCUUCCAUUCCCGCUUCCUAAAUAUGCCGUUCCGUUUUCUACUUCCAUUUCCACCUCCACCGGAUUUAUUUCUCUCAAACAACUACAACUAUCUCCACGUCCUCCUCGUUUUCCCUUUUGUACACCAUCAUCUCAUUCCCAGCCUCAACCCGAACAACUCACCGUCGUCGAUAAUUCUGUCACCGGUGAUUCAAUACGCCAAAGAUUUCUCGCUUUUUAUGCUUCCCGUGGUCACAAGGUCCUUCCUAGUGCUUCUUUAGUCCCAGAUGACCCCACUGUUCUCCUCACUAUCGCUGGAAUGCUUCAAUUCAAACCCAUCUUCCUCGCAAAGGUUCCUAGACAAGUCCCUCGUGCUACUACUGCACAAAGGUGCAUCCGUACCAAUGAUAUCAACAACGUUGGCCAAACCUCACGCCAUCAUACCUUCUUUGAGAUGCUUGGAAACUUCAGCUUUGGUGAUUACUUUAAAAAACAAGCUAUUCAAUGGGCAUGGGACCUAUCUACCGUUGAGUUCGGUUUGCCUCCGGAGAGAUUAUGGAUUAGUGUAUAUCAAGACGAUGAUGAAACUUUUCAGUUAUGGUCUCAACAGGUUGGUGUCCCCGUUGAGCGAAUUAAGAGGUUGGGUGAAGAUGACAAUUUUUGGACCAGUGGAGCAACAGGUCCCUGCGGUCCGUGCUCCGAAAUUUAUUAUGAUUUUCAUCCCGAGAGGGGAUAUGACGAUGCCGAUCUUGGCGAUGAUACACGGUUUAUAGAGUUUUACAAUCUAGUUUUCAUGCAAUACAACAAAAAAGACGAUGGUUCUCUUGAACCACUAAAGCAGAUGAACAUAGAUACUGGCCUCGGUCUCGAGCGCAUGGCUCGCAUUCUUCAAAAGGUUCCAAACAACUAUGAAACUGACUUGAUUCUCCCCAUUAUAGAGAAGGCAUCUGAAUUAGCAAAUGUUUCAUAUGGAAUUUCGGAUGAUCAGACCAAGAGGUAUCUGAGAAUUGUAGGAGAUCACAUGCGUGCAAUUGUGUUUCUCAUAUCGGAUGGUGUCGUCCCAUCAAAUGUUGGGAGAGGUUAUGUUGUUCGGCGACUUAUCAGAAGGGUUGUUCGCACAAGCAGGUUGCUUGGUAUAAAAGGGGAUGGUAGAGGAGACCUUGAAGGAGCUUUUUUACCUAUCAUUGCCGAGAAAGUAGUAGAAUUAAGUACGCACAUUGAUGCUGAUGUGAAGAACAGAGCACCCCGUAUCCUCGAGGAGUUGAAGAGAGAAGAGCUUCGGUUUGUUCAGACACUUGAGAGAGGAGAAAAGUUGCUUGAGGAGAAGCUUGCUGAUGCUAUAUCAACUGCUGAAAGAAAUGGAACCGUGCCUUGCUUGGCUGGUGAAGAUGUGUUCAUUUUGUACGAUACUUACGGUUUCCCAAUGGAAAUAACAAAAGAAGUGGCUGAAGAGCGUGGUGUGAGUAUUGACAUGAAUGGUUUUGAUAUUGAGAUGGAGAAGCAAAGGCGGCAGUCUCAAGCCGCACACAAUACUGUCAAGCUUGCCGUUGGAAGUGGGACAAAUAUUGCAGACAGUGUACCUGACACUGAAUUUAUUGGAUAUGAUAGUCUUUAUUGUAAAGCCAUCAUAGCAAGCCUAGUGGUAAAUGGUGAUCCAGCUGUACGUGUUAGUGAAGGGAGUAAUGUAGAAAUUUUGCUGAACAAGACUCCAUUUUAUGCUGAAUCUGGAGGACAAAUUGGAGAUCAUGGUUUUCUAUAUAUUUCACAGGGUGAGAAUCAACCUAAAGCUGUUGUGGAAAUAAUAGAUGUUCAGAAGUCUUUUGGUAAUAUAUUUGUUCACAAGGGCACAGUCCAUAAGGGUGCUGUAGAGGUUGGCAAACAAGUGGAAGCAACAGUAGAUGUUAAGUUGAGGCAACGAGCCCAGGUACAAAAAUUGUGGACCCACUCAUUUUUGUUAGGUGAAUCUUCAGUCGUAAUAAAAUUUGAUAUAGACAACUCCUUGCAUCAUUGUAGUCAUGCAUAUUUUAAAAUUCCAAGCUUACAAGUUGUUCAAGAUGACAGUGAAUGUAAUGUAACUGGUGCUUUGCAGGUUCAUCAUACUGCUACUCAUUUACUACAAGCUGCACUUAAAAAAGUCAUUGGUCAGGAGACCUCUCAAGCUGGUUCUUUGGUGGCUUUUGAUCGUCUCAGGUUUGAUUUCAACUUCCACCGUCCACUUCUUGACAGCGAGCUUGUAGAAAUUGAAGUGCUGAUCAACGGAUGGGUUCAGGAUGCAAUUCUCCUUCAGACCAAAGUGAUGCCCAUUGCUGAUGCAAAAAGGGAAGGAGCAAUUGCAAUGUUUGGAGAAAAGUAUGGUGAAGAGGUACGUGUCGUGGAGGUUCCUGGAGUAUCGAUGGAACUUUGUGGUGGAACUCAUGUCAGUAAUACUUCUGAAAUUCGUGGUUUUAAAAUAAUUUCAGAGCAGGGUAUUGCAUCUGGUGUCAGGCGAAUAGAAGCUGUAGCUGGGGAAGCUUUCAUUGAAUAUGUCAAUGCCCGAGAUUCUUAUCUGAAACAGUUAUGUUCAACUCUCAAAGUGAAACCUGAAGAAGUAACUGCAAGGAUAGAAAACCUUUUAGAGGAGUUACGGGCAGCAAGAAAUGAAAACUCCACCGUGCGUGCAAAAGCAGCAGUCUACAAAGCUUCAGUUAUUGCAAGCAAAGCAUUUCUCGUGGGGAAUUCAAACCAGUACAGGAUACUAGUUGAGUGGUUGGAUGAUGUUGAUGCGGAGUCGCUUAAAAGUGCUGCAGAAUAUUUGAUGGAAACGUUAGCAGAUCCAGCUGCUAUUGUUCUGGGCUCGUGUCCAGGUGAAGGGAAGGUUAGUCUAGUGGCUGCUUUUACUCCAGGGGUGGUUGACCAGGGGAUUCAGGCAGGUAAAUUUAUCGGACAAAUAGCAAAAUUGUGUGGUGGCGGAGGAGGUGGAAGGCCCAAUUUUGCUCAGGCUGGUGGGAGGAAGCCUGAAAAUUUGGCUGCUGCCCUCGAGAAGGCUAAAUCCGAGCUUAUAGCUAAUCUGAGUGAAAAAGGGAACUGAGUCGGGUGGGCACAUGGCAAAUAUUCUUUGUUAUACAGCACUAGAGAGACGGAAGCUUAAUUGAAGAAUUAUCAUUUAAUGGAAGUUUCCAAAUAAUGUAUAAGAUGUUGUAAAAAUGUGACAGUAUGUAGUAUCCUGAAACAAGCAGGGGCCUGCAGUGGUCCAUAUGAUCCCAACUUGUAAUGCAAGCUUUGUAAUUACACUAUACAUGAAGGCAAGCUGGACUACUCUUUGAUAGGCACGGCAACCUAUCAACCUGCC